CCAAAUUUUCAAAGAUCGAAGUACUGGGUGAGUUGAUCGCUUUUUCUUUCAAACUUGCUGGUUGUUAAUUUUUUUUUACAGCCCCAAUGGAGAGAUCGUUUAAAAUCAAUCUGCUAAAAUAGAUAUCGGAAACUUUUCUGAGGCAUUGUCAAGUCUAUAUCACAUUUCAGAGGUAAUUACCAUACGCAUUUCCGGCCCUUAUUUCUUCAUUCCGUGUUGAGCAGUAUGACACUUUGAACUGACCAGCUUAAAUGUCAGCUUUCAUUCACCUUCUUCAGAAGCACUGAAACGUCCCGUAAUAAUUUCGCGCCUUUUUUUCUUCAAGCCUGUUUCUCUAUUUUCUUUUCCUCUCUUUUUUUUCUUUUCCAUUUCUUUUGACUGGCUCAAUAAAACAAUAAUAAUAAUGAUUAUUAUUAUUAUUAUUAUCAUUAUUUUUAUUAUUAUUAUUAUUAUUUUAGGAAAUUUCCUCUGACCACACUGAGCUUACCUGUGUAAAAUGUAAAUGAAAUGUCUAUUUUAGAUCCCUUUCCCGUUACAGGACGAAGUUUAUGGUUUGUUUUAGUACAUUUCUGAACUUAAACUGACAUGAUAUGUAUUUGGUAUGUUUUUUUCUGUCCUACAGGGUACCAAAUCCCAACUGCAAGCGGAUGUUCAUGAGAUAAAGAAUGAAGAAUUGAGCAAAUUUGAGCUUCCAAACAAACCCAAAAAUCCUGUUCAAGAAGUUGAGAGCUUCAAAAAGAUGACCCCAGCGGAGAGAAGACAGUUAGAGCUAAAUUUUUAUGAGACGUUCGUUGGGAUAUGUAACGAGGAGAAAAUCGCAGACUGCGAACACAAGGAUGUUAAAUUUCUAGCCGGACUGCUGGCCAAGGGAGACUCGGACUGCAUCAUGACCUGCUCCAAGUACCAGAUGUUGCAAAAUUUAGACAAUUUGCCGAAUGGAGUAAAAACUGUAAAGUUCAUCCAAGCUAUCGGUGUUUUCUUGAAAGAUCUGGAUAUUAGCAAGAAGACGGAUAAAAAUAAAUUGACCGAAAUGAAUCGCAAAGGAUGCGCGGCCGUGGGAGGCAGUGAAUGUGCAGAAAAACGUCUCAUUGGCCUUUUCACUGCAAUUGUGCUUUUUACUGUUGCAAAGGUGGGGUUGUUAGCAGCUCAAAGCCAUAUCGCCGCAACAAGUGAUUCUGAGUUUACCCAGUAA